AGUCACGUGAGCCGGGCCGGGGCGUCCCGUUACGCGCUCGCAUGGUGGCCCCAAUGUGCGGUUCAUCGGGCGGCCGCCCGGCCCGGACGCUGACGCGGGCCCUGGCGCUGGCCCUGGCGCUAGACCUCCUGAUCGGGCUCUCCCUGAGCGGCCUGACGGGCGCGAUCCCGGCCGCAGGGGGCCGCUGGGAGCGCGACAGCCCGGUGCCGCCCGCCUCCCGCAGCCGCUCGGUGCUCCUGGAUGCCGCGACGGGCCAGCUGCGCCUGGUGGACGGCCGUCACCCCGACGCCGUGGCCUGGGCCAACCUCACCAACGCCAUCCGCGAGACCGGAUGGGCCUUUCUGGAGGUCGGCACAAGCGGCCGCUACAAUGACAGCCUGCAGGCCUACGCGGCUGGGAUGGCAGAGGCCGCCGUGUCCGAGGAGCUCAUCUACAUGCACUGGAUGAAUACGGUGGUGAACUACUGCGGCCCCUUCAAGUACGAAGCCAGCUACUGCGAGAGGCUCAAGAGCUUCCUGGAGGCCAACCUGGCGUGGAUGCAGGAGGAGAUGGAGCUGAGCACGGACAUCACCUACUGGCACCAGGUGCGGCUGACCCUCCUGCAGCUGAAAGGCCUGGAGGACAGCUACGAAGGCAGUGUGGCCUUCCCAACCGGGAGGUUCACCAUCAAGCCCUUGGGGUUCCUCCUGCUGCAGAUCUCCGGGGACCUGGAAGACCUGGAACCGGCCCUGAAUAAGACCAAGACCAAGCGCGCCCUGGGCUCGGGCUCCUGCUCUGCUCUCAUCAAGCUGCUGCCCGGCCAGCGCGACCUCCUGGUUGCCCACAACACCUGGAACUCCUACCAGCAGAUGCUGCGUGUCAUCAAGAAGUACUCGUUCCAGUUUCAGGAGGGCCCCCGAGAGGACGACCCGCUGGUUCCCGGCAACAACGUGAUCUUCUCUUCCUACCCUGGCACCAUCUUCUCCUGCGAUGACUUCUACAUCCUGGGCAGUGGGCUGGUCACCCUGGAAACCACCAUCGGCAACAACAACCCGGCCCUGUGGAAGUACGUGCAGCCCAGGGGCGGGGUGCUCGAGUGGGUGCGUAACGUGGUGGCUAACCGCUUGGCCCUGGACGGGGACACGUGGACAGACAUCUUCAAAAGGUUCAACAGUGGCACGUACAACAACCAGUGGAUGAUCGUGGACUACAAGGCGUUCGUCCCGGGCGACCCCAGCCCUGGGAGCAAGGUGCUCACCAUCCUGGAGCAGCUCCCGGGCGUGGUGGUGGUGGCCGACAAGACCUCGGAGCUCUACCAGAAGUCCUACUGGGCCAGCUACAACAUACCGUCCUUUGAGUGUGUGUUCAACGCCAGCGGGCUGCAGGAACUGGUGGCCCAGUAUGGGGACUGGUUUUCCUACGAUGGCAGCCCGCGGGCCCAGAUCUUCCGGCGGAACCAGUCACUGGUGCAGGACGUGGACUCCAUGAUCCGGCUCAUGAGGUACAAUGACUUCCUCCACGACCCCCUGUCCCUGUGCCAAGCCUGCAGCCCCCAGCCCAACGGGGAGAAUGCCAUCUCGGCCCGCUCCGACCUCAACCCCUCCAACGGCUCCUACCCCUUCCAGGCCCUGCGCCAGCGCUCCCAUGGGGGCAUCGACGUGAAGGUGACCAGCGCGGCACUGGCCAAGGCCCUGCGCCUGCGGGCGGUCAGCGGCCCCACGUGGGACCAGCUGCCCCCCUUCCAGUGGAGCACCUCGCCCUUCCACGGCCUGCUGCACAUGGGCCAGCCCGACCUCUGGAAGUUCUCGCCCAUCGAGGUCUGGUGGGACUGAGGCUCCGUCCGCAGCUCUGCCGCCGGCUGUGGGGUCACUCUCGUCUGGGUGGGCUCCUCCCAGGAUGGGGGCACACCAGGGGGCCCAGAACUGACUUGUGUCACUCUCUCUCCAGACGUGGGCCUGUACCAUCGCCGCCUCCCUCUGCCUCUGUCUCUCUUUCUGCUUCUCUGCUCUCUGCAUCUGUUUCAGGCUGCUUCUCUCUCUCUGCCCUGCCCUGGGUCCCCGACUCAUGGCUGCUCCCCUGGGGGGAUUGGGAGGGGGCCUGAGCCCUGGCCGCCCUCAGUGGGCAGGAGGGGCUGGCCAGUCCAGCGCCCACCUCCCAGCGCCCUUCCUGCUGGAGCUUGUGGGCCCUCACAGCCUCUGGACCUGGUAUUGCCCCGGGUUGGUGUCACUCGUCCAGUGCCCAGCCCCAGCCCCUCUGCAUUGUGGGGAAACAGCCCGCUUGUCUCUCCUCUGGGCAGCUUCCUUGAAAACAAUCAAAAACCAAAGUUUUUUCUGUGACCUGUGGCUGGAGGGGCCUGAGCGUCGUCCUCCUUCCAGGGCAGGCAGAAUGCCAGCCCUGCCUCCUGCCGCCCCCCAUCUGUCCCCACUGCUGGCCCCAGGGCAGCGCCCACAGCUCCCCUGUGUAGGAACCAAGCCAUGGGCUGUGCCGCCAUUAAACGAGAGAGGCGGUGACCCCUUUGCUGUGCUUCUUGGGGCAGCGGGGAAGGCUGGGCCGGCGCCAUUAUCCUCUCAGGUUUGGGUUUUGCACCACCCACCCGUGUAUCCUUCUGUCUGUCUGCCAUGCAUCUGUCCAUCCAUCCAUCCAUAAAUCAAGAUAUUUAUUGAUUCUGUAAACCUAUAACCUAACUUUAAAAAAACUAUAAUUAAAAAAAGCUAAUUUAAAAAAUAA